CCGAGCUUGAAUCGAAGGCCGUUAAACCUCGCUUCGGGUUUCCUUCUCUCAAAUCUCCGAAUCUGAAGCAUAUUUUCCGAUGGCUUCUUCGAAGCUCCUAAGCCAACCUCGGUGGUUCCGAUUCCUUCCGAGAAACCUUUCCAAUGUGAGGCUCUUUUCUGAUUUACCUUCUCAACUCCCUGUUUCCGAACCUCAGAACAGCAUCGAGUCCAAAUCUAACAACAGAUUCAGCAAGCCUUCUUCAACUCCCUCUUCUUUGAAGGAACCCGAACUCGCCAAGUUCUCUGCCAUUGCCGAUACUUGGUGGGAUUCUGAAGGUCCAUUCAAACCAUUGCAUAUUAUGAAUCCUACCAGGCUAGCUUUCAUCCGCUCUACUCUUUGCCGACAUUUUGGAAAGGAUCCUCUCUGUGCUAGGCCUUUUGAAGGACUAAGGAUUAUUGAUGUUGGUUGCGGUGGUGGAAUUCUUUCAGAGCCCUUGGCUCGAAUGGGAGCAGCUGUCACUGGAAUUGAUGCAGUAGAGAAAAACAUCAAGAUAGCCCGUCUUCAUGCUAAUUUGGAUCCAACAACUUCAACUAUUGAAUAUUGUUGUACAACAGCAGAAAAGCUGGUUGAUGAACAGAGAAAGUUUGAUGCAGUGGUUGCUUUAGAGGUGAUUGAGCAUGUAGCAGAUCCUGCUGAAUUCUGCAAGUCUCUCGCAGCAUUAACUGUUCAUGAAGGGGCUACUGUGGUUUCAACAAUUAACCGUUCUAUGAGAUCAUAUGCAACUGCCAUUGUUGCAGCAGAGUACCUGCUCCAGUGGAACUUAUAUGGCUACUAUCCCUGGAACAAGCAUGACAUAGCUGUUGCCUCCGAGCUUCCUAAAGGGACGCAUGAAUGGUCAAGUUUCCUUACCCCAGAAGAGCUCACCAUGAUUUUAAAGCGCGCCUCAAUUGAUGUGAAAGAGAUGGCCGGAUUUGUGUACAACCCAUUAACCGGGAGAUGGUCUUUAUCCGACGAUAUCUCUGUUAAUUUUAUCGCUUUUGGUACUAAAGAAAACUGAUGAAUAAUCGUGUACAGUUAUAUGGGUACAGCCAAGUUAUUAGUCGAGUUCUUUAACCUUGGCAUAUUUCAUUUGUCCCAGAAGAUGCAAAGAAAUAGUAUUCUCAGUGGUUUCCUUGGACGGAACCUAUACGUGAAACAACACACAAUGCAUUAAAAUAACGAAGCUAUUUAUUUACACGGAUUUUCAUUUCAUAA